CGGUGUCGUCCUUGGAUGAGUAUCGCUCGGCACUAAGGAACCUGGUCACAUUCAUUUCAACAACGACAACAGUCCCCCGAUGUGCGCUUCCCUGUCCGCCAUUUCCCAACGACAAGGGGCCCGGCGACAUCCUUGACCACUUCACACCACGCAUCCUCGCGCCCACUCUUCAGUAAACAUCGCGAAUAUCUUUUCUUUUUUUCCUGCAAUAGUCGUCACGUAGUCCUGACUGUGCCUACAUGUCGCGGUAGCCUCCUGUCUUCUGCUGUACGUCAGGCGCACGUAGUACUCUCCAGUCGGCCGUCACCCUCGGUUCCAUGCCAUGCAAGGCCUACGCCAGCCAUGAACUGACAAGAUGGGCCUCACAACUUUUCUCGGAUCCUCUACCGACAAACUCGUCUCCAGCCGCUCCAAGACUUCCUCGUCCAACUCUCUCGACAAGGCGUCUGAGAAUGCCUCUUCUCAAACGACAGACGCCGGCCCUGCCUCCACAUCCCACCAUGGAUACAUUUACGACGAGGAGCAGCUCCCUGCGCUGUCCCCCGACUGCCCCGAUCUUCGCGAGCUCAACAGCAGCCUCGAAGCCCUUGCCGCCAUCUUCCCCGACGUUCAGAUUCAGGUCUUCCGCGAAAUGCUGAUCAAUUUUGACGAGGAAUCGAGGCUGGCUGUGGUGAUCGACGCCCUGUUGAAGAAUCGCGUCGCCUGGGUCAAGGGUCGCUGGAGGACUGUCGAUAACCAACCUGCGAGACCCCCGGUUGUGAACGAAGAAGCGGGAGAGCAGGACGAACCUCUAAUCCCUCGCGUCGAAGCCUUCCGAAGUCCCGAGUACAAACACGCCGUGCAAGCGCUGGCUUGGCACGAAUUCAAGGGUCUUUCCAGAUCCACCAUCAACGCCGUCCUCGCCGAGUCCAACUACUCCUAUUUCGAAGCCCGCAACACUCUUGUAUCGCUCUCGUCAAAAUCAUGGCGCUUUACCAUAUCAUCCCUCUUCCUCCGCAGGAAACUGGUCGCUACGGGCGAAGCCGAAAACCACCCGCUGAUAACAUGGAAACCGACCGGCCAAGGCGCCAUCGUGCCGUCUCUCAAGGCCACGGGCAAUGCCGAGCUCGAUUCUGAGCUAUACCGUGAUUUGGUCCGACCGCUGAAAGAUCGGGCGCGGCAAACGCAAGAGCACAAGGAUCGAGGUCUGGCUUUCUUGAUGAAUAAUGAAGAAGCCGAGGAAGCCGGCGCUAUGCAUGAGUGCGCAUGCUGCUUUACCGAAUCCACUUUUGAGGAAUUUACAACCUGCAAUACGGACGGACAUAUGCUCUGUUUCCGCUGUAUCCAGCACUCGAUUACGGAGGCUGUGUUUGGCCAGGGAUGGCACAGCAGCAUCGACACAAACCACGGCACGCUGAAAUGUCUCGCUGUCGAAGGGAAUGGGUGCCCUGGUCAUAUUCCUUACGAACACAUACACCGCGCCAUGCUCGAGGAGAAGAAGGGCGCUGAGAUCCUCCGGAAACUCGACCAGCGAUUGGCAGAAAACAGUCUCCUCACGUCCAACAUACCCCUAAUACGUUGCCCCUUUUGCGACUAUGCAGAAGUGGAUGACAUUUACCUUCCAGCACAAGAAACGCAACUACGGAUCAGGCUUGACAGUCUACUCAGUCUUGCGCUUCUCCUUGUAUGCAUUGCGACCGUGCCCUUUCUCCUCCCUUUGGUCUUGUUGUCCUCCUUUCUCUGUCUUCUCGUCAGCACGAAGCAGACGAUUGGCGACCGCCUAGUCGCACAAUGGCACCUGGCUCUUGGCCGCCAUCGCCGACGGCGUCGUGGACUGAAGUUUGCCUGUCAAAACCCUGAUUGCGGGAAAAGCUCGUGUCUAUCCUGCGCAAAGGCCUGGAAAGACAUUCACGUAUGCAACGAGUCGUCCCUGGUUGCGCUGCGUACACAGGUCGAGCAGGCGAUGAGCAUGGCCAUCAAGCGCGUCUGCCCGCGAUGCCAUACAUCGUUCGUCAAGAACUCGGGCUGCAACAAGCUCACCUGUCCCUGCGGCUACAAGAUGUGCUACGUCUGCCGCAAGGACAUUGGCGGUACCAACGGAGACGGCGAAGGGUACAGGCACUUUUGCGACCACUUUAGGCCGGACGGUGACCCGCGGCCCUGCACCGAGUGCUCGAGGUGCAAUCUCUGGGAGAGCGAGGACACCGACUCGGUGCUGAGGGAGGCCAAGGAAGAGGCCGAGGCCAAGUGGCGCGAGACGGAGAAGCGGGAGCUGAAUGGAGCCGAAAAGGCCUUUUUGGAGACGGGCUUCGCCAGGAACGGGGUCUCGCCGGUCGAGCACCGCCUCAAGAAUGGUCAAUUGCCGACCUUGCCCGAGUUGUGCGACUUUGUGGUUGAGACCAUUUUUGUGUGAAGCCGGCUCUGGUAGAAGUGUGCUUUGUAGAGGCGCCAGGACGAGAAAGAAAGAGCAAGAAAGACAAGUGGCUUGGAGUUUUACAGGUUAUGAUUAUACUGGGAUAUGGGCAUCUUUGGGGCGUUCUGGGUCUGCGGAAUUAGGAAUCGAGGAAGCGGGAGAACGGGAAUAAACCUCACAGAACGAGGGUAGAGUGAAGUGAGGACUGUCGUAUCGGCGCUCAUCUACACAACAAGUAACCUU